AUGCCUCCGAGGCAACUCUCCACCACCUCCGGUGACUACGAUACCGCGAACCCUCCAGAGGUGCGCAGGUAUCUUCGCACCUAUGGCCUCACUCCGCCCAAUGUCGAGACCUAUGAGACUCAAGCUCAAAGAUGUCUCAAACUCCUGUCCAUGAAGCCCACUCCAAUCGAAAAGUACCAAUACUUGACACAUCUCCGAGCCACCAACGUCCAUCUUUUCUACCGCCUCCUUGCCGAUAAUGUUAGAGAACUCACUCCUCUCAUCUACACCCCCACCGUCGGUGAAGCCUGUCUUCGCUGGUCAGAAAUAUAUACCCAGCCCGAGGGCAUGUACAUUUCAUAUUCAGACAAGGGUCAUAUCGCCGAAGUGCUGAAGAAUUGGCCUUACGAUGUCGACAUCACCGUUCUCACCGACGGCUCUCGUAUCCUGGGUCUCGGAGAUUUGGGCGUCAACGGAAUGGGUAUUCCGGUCGGCAAGCUGGCUCUAUAUACCGCCUGCGCCGGCAUUCGUCCAGAGAAGACUCUUCCUCUGACUCUGGAUCUUGGUACGAGCAACGAGGCUUUCAGGAACGAUCCUCUAUACAUGGGUAGUCGAAGGCCGAAAGUCACAGCGGAGGAAGAGCGGGAGUUUCUGGACGAACUGAUGGAGGCGCUCGUGCAGAGGUGGCCAGGCAUCGUCAUUCAGUUUGAGGACUUCAAGAACCCCUUCCCGGCUCUCGAACGGUAUCGUGACAAUUACGCCAUGUUCAACGACGAUGUGCAAGGGACUGGUGCGGUCAUUGCCGCUGGCUUCAUCAACGCCGUGAAGGCUUCGGGUGUGCCAGCCAAAGAUCACAAGGCUGUGUUUCUCGGCGCUGGGAGUGCUGGUGUUGGUGUCGCCAAGCAGCUCGUGGAAUACUUCAUGAAGGAGGGUCUCACCGAGGACGAGUCGCGCCGCAAGUUCUGGUUCGUAGACUCGAAUGGCCUGGUGACGAACGACCGUGGUGACAAGCUCGCCGAGCACAAAGUCUACUUCUCCCGAGACGACAACCAAGGUCGCCAAUUUCAGUCUCUGGCACGCCUCAUCGAGUACGUGCAGCCAACCAUCCUGAUGGGCCUCUCCACGAUCGGAGGUGCAUUUACCAAGGAUAUCCUCCAACGCAUGGCUCGCAUAAACCACCGCCCAAUCAUCUUCCCUCUCUCGAACCCGUCCUCGAAGUCCGAAUGCACAUUCGAGGACGCCGUCGCUUAUACAGAAGGUCGCGUGCUUUUCGCCUCGGGAUCGCCCUUCCCAGCGGUUCGUUGUGACGGCCGCAUCAUGGUCCCAGGCCAGGGCAACAACAUGUACGUCUUUCCGGGCAUCGGGCUCGGAGCGAUCCUCUCCAAGGCAUCUUCUGUCACGCAAGACAUGAUCUACGCUUCGGCCGAGCAUCUGGCUGCGUCGCUGAACGAGCAGGAGCGCGCCGAUGGCUGGCUGUACCCUGACAUCCGCCGCAUUCGCGACGUGAGCGUCAUCAUCACCCGUGGCGUGAUCCGUGCUGCUCAAGAAAACGGCGUCGAUCGCGAGACCCUCCUCCGCGGGCUCAGCGAUGAGCAGCUCGACGCUUACAUCAAAGAGAGGAUGUAUGACCCGUCCACGGAGGUCGAGAAGGUUCUCUCCGAGGUCGAGCAGCUCGAGACCACGGCAUCGGGCAUGAGCUACACAAAUGGCCAAGUCAAUGGCCUAAUCAACGGCGUCGUAAACGGGCUCAGCUCCGCGCAUCUCUAA